AUGAAACAUGUUUCUGAAAUGUUCAUCCCUGGCAUGACAUUAUCGCACCUUGUUUCUCCCUUGCUCAGCAUGCCAACUGCCACGAAUCGUUUCUACGCACUUUACGGCCAUUAUAGCGUGCGUGAGGGGGAUAGUGAUGCAACAGAAAGCUCAUUGAUAGUUGAGGCCGUAGUGAGAGUCGUGUUACCCCUACAUGCAGCGCCGCCAGAGGAGACAAAAUUUAUAGGUUUUGCUUCCGUGAAAAAGUCCAGUCCACACAAACUCUCAUAUGAAGAGACAAGGUUGCUUCGAGGGGAUACUGAACCCGCAGAGUCAUUCUUGCAAAAAAGUGAUCGGUCCUACCCAAUGUUGCUGCUUUUAGUGACAACACCUCUCGAGGUCCCUGUAGCAAAGAGUACAAAAAAGGUGGAAUACAGUGUCUUUGAGUGCAAAACAGGCUCAGCGGACUUUUCUGAAAAAGCGAUACCCCUUAAGGUAGAUAACAUGGUCGACUCUUUUUCCGCGUUUGUCCGGCUCAGCAAUUUGGGGAGUCAUGCUCUGGUUCGCAAGCAGUCCUCACCACCUACGCAGAGUUCACCCUCAGCGAACGAACUCAGUUUUCAAUCCUCCAUUAGCCAGUUAGAAGUGGCGAGUGCUAAAAGGCAGACGCUUCUAAAGCGUUUGGCCGAAGUGGAACGACUCCUUGAGCGUAAACAAACGGGGAUGCUGAGAGCAGAUGAACAGAAGCCCAACCGUAUUUGA